GGGAACUUAAAGUCCAUUUGUUUAACUCUGCUUUUGUUUCAGAUCCCGGCUGUGUCUCAAACACCAGUGGAAGCAUGGACUGGCUCCAGAGGAACUUUGGCAUCUUUUCUGUUUUUGCAGAACUGCAGGAGUUACAAGUCCUUAAUCCCGACUUCUCCAGCAAGGAAUCACUGUCGCUGCUUACCCCAACCCAAGUGGCACAAUUGACAUUGACCUCUGGGGCAUUGAAUGACACAGAUGACAUUAAACUUGUGUUUACGCGGCUGGAGGAAGGUGACGCUUUCAAAAAUGUUGACGAGUUUCUGACGCAACUGACCGCAAAGGAAGAGAUUCCUGACAUCCAUCCAGCCGUGAGAGAUGUGAUGAUGAAUCAGACGUUCAACAUCAUCAGCCUUCAAUUCCCAGAGUUCGAAACGCUGGACUGGAUUGCAUGGUUCGAAGUAAAGCUGAUUCCCAUCCUCCCCAGUUUGAAUGAAGUCAUGCUCACCAUUGCUACCUCAAACGUCAACUGCACCAACUACCAAGUCAUUGUAAAUGGAAUGGACAGAGCUUUCCCUGAAAUGACUCAGGAUAGAAGAGAAGGAAUCGCAAGAGUCCUGCUGAAAUACCUGAGGAAAUCUGUGCACCUCAUCAAUGGACCAGCUUGCAGGCAGGACAUCCACGAUGACAAUGACUGGCUUGCAAUCAACCUGGGUUCAUACUCCGAGUACACAACCUAUUCGGAUCUCAAAGACUUCAACAUCUCAGGGGUGGCAGUUCUAGACUCCCUCUCACCAAACCAGAAAGCUGAAUUGAUACUGGACCCAAGCACUGGCGCUCUGGAGAAUGAGACUCUUGUGAAGAACGUUUUCAUCAGCUUGCUGGAAUCUCCAAGGGAAGAGCAGCUCAAUGAGUUCUUUGUGACUUUUGUUGAAGUCACCAAGCAGGAAAACAUCACUAUCAUCACAAACACAGCCGUAAGAGACACAAUGCUAGACCUGACCUUGAUGGCUCUUGCUCCCAAAUUCGACGUUUUUGAGCCAAAAGACUUCCAGCUGUGGUUCCAAGUCAAUCUGGUUGUUCUGCUGGCCAGCUUCCAUCCUGGCAGAUUGGUUGAUAUCCCCCUAAACAUCACCUGUGAAUCCUACAAUGCCAUAUUUACGGGUCUCGACCAAAGUUUGGAAUCUCUUCCGCCUCACCUCUCACAGGGUGUAAAGGCAAGCUUGGAUGCACUGAUGAAGACAUUCCAACGUUGCUCAAGGCCUCCAGCUUUAAUUGUGUGCAAAGAAACAUUGGUCAAUGAGAAACAACUUUGUGCUGGAUUUAACAGCACACAACUGAAGCAACAAAUGUCGAUUGGGAAUUCCAAUGAAUCCCUUUGCAAUUUCAACAUCUCUGAAUAUGCCUGUUCCUCAACAACCAUUCUGUCAGCGGACAACUUGGUGACGAUCCUGAAAUGCCAAUUGUCCAGCAAAAAGACUUACUCAACAGAAAUGUGGAAGCUGUUCUUCCAAAACAAUGCUGCAAUUCUGGACCAGGCUCUUCUGGAUUACUCCAGCAUGAACCCCAACACCAGCAGUCCAGCUAUGCCAAAUGUCCUUGAUGCCAUUGGAGAUGUCAAACUCAACAACUUCAUGAAUGCACAGCUGAACAACGCCAGCUUCGUUGACAAGUUGUUCCAGAAGAUGCUCCGUCCAUUCUUGGCAUCUCCAUCUAGGAAUUUCCUCUCCUGUCUCAGCUCAAAGAACUUCAGUUGUCAGACCUACCAAAUUGUCAUUGAGACUCUAAGCAACCAAUCAGCCUCCAUGGACAGAGAGCAACAACGAGUGAUCUUCACUCAUUACAUCUAUCCAUUCCUUUCAAGAAAUGACUCAUCAGAUCCCGGCUGUGUCUCAAACACCAGUGGAAGCAUGGACUGGCUCCAGAGGAACUUUGGCAUCUUUUCUGUUUUUGCAGAACUGCAGGAGUUACAAGUCCUUAAUCCCGACUUCUCCAGCAAGGAAUCACUGUCGCUGCUUACCCCAACCCAAGUGGCACAAUUGACAUUGACCUCUGGGGCAUUGAAUGACACAGAUGACAUUAAACUUGUGUUUACGCGGCUGGAGGAAGGUGACGCUUUCAAAAAUGUUGACGAGUUUCUGACGCAACUGACCGCAAAGGAAGAGAUUCCUGACAUCCAUCCAGCCGUGAGAGAUGUGAUGAUGAAUCAGACGUUCAACAUCAUCAGCCUUCAAUUCCCAGAGUUCGAAACGCUGGACUGGAUUGCAUGGUUCGAAGUAAAGCUGAUUCCCAUCCUCCCCAGUUUGAAUGAAGUCAUGCUCACCAUUGCUACCUCAAACGUCAACUGCACCAACUACCAAGUCAUUGUAAAUGGAAUGGACAGAGCUUUCCCUGAAAUGACUCAGGAUAGAAGAGAAGGAAUCGCAAGAGUCCUGCUGAAAUACCUGAGGAAAUCUGUGCACCUCAUCAAUGGACCAGCUUGCAGGCAGGACAUCCACGAUGACAAUGACUGGCUUGCAAUCAACCUGGGUUCAUACUCCGAGUACACAACCUAUUCGGAUCUCAAAGACUUCAACAUCUCAGGGGUGGCAGUUCUAGACUCCCUCUCACCAAACCAGAAAGCUGAAUUGAUACUGGACCCAAGCACUGGCGCUCUGGAGAAUGAGACUCUUGUGAAGAACGUUUUCAUCAGCUUGCUGGAAUCUCCAAGGGAAGAGCAGCUCAAUGAGUUCUUUGUGACUUUUGUUGAAGUCACCAAGCAGGUCAGUACAUCACUCUCUGGCUGGAAUGGACCUUGUACAGUGAGACCUGGCUCUCAACAAAGUCAUCUGACAAAACAAUCAGGAUGA